UCACGUGACUCUAACUAGACUCAAAAUGGCGACGUCUACGAUAAGCGAAGACGAAGAAGGUAGAACAGAACGACCGGGUACUGAGCAAACGGUGUACAUAUCUGAGGAAAUGGAGCGAUGGAACUGUUUGAGAAAUAGCCUGGGUUUGGAAGAAAAGGACAACCCAGUUGUUGCCAAAUACUUGCUGGAUUUGUACAGCAACGUGGGAAGUAAAGCCAUUCAGCGUAACAACCCUUCAGUUCCCAGCUGGUCUCCCCCAGACUCACCCCCAGGCUCACCCCCAGGCUCACCGGGCCUCGUCACUGACUCGGGUGUUGAGGAAACAGGGAAGAAGAGAAUUGAGGAUGUUGCAUCAAAAAUUAAAAAAAGAAAGCUAAAUGAUUGUCAAGAUUCUCCAUCCACUGUGUCAGAACCACCUCCUGCCUCCAUCACGAGCAGUGCAGUGGCCAGCCACAUUGUGUUCAAGGAGCUGGACAAGCACUCAAUUCUCCUGAUGUCCAGACACCCUGUGGUCAGCCUGGUCAACGACCAACAGAUCCUCCACCUAGACUCUGCCAUGACUUUGUCUCAAGAAAACAGUCGUAAAUGGAAACAGUUUUGUGCUGCCAAUCGUGACGGGAAGACCAGCGUCCUGCCCGGCCUGUACAAGCUGUGGCAAGAGAACAAGUACCUGGAUGCUGUCCUUGUGGUCAACCGGCACAGGGUCGCUCUUCACAAGAUCCUGCUCAUUGGGGCCUCUCCAGUACUAAGUGGCGAGUUUGAACAUGAGCCCAUCCAUGACAUGAACGAGUACAGACUAGAAAUAGACAACGCUGAGAUGAACAACACUGUUUUGGUGUCCCUGGUACGCUACCUGUACACCGGACUGCUAGUGUGUAGUCCACGCCAACAGAUGGCGCUGCAUAGGCUAGCCAGACUACUGAAGAUCGACAGGUUGUGUGCCAUGUGCAACAAAGUGAAGCAUGCUGGGAGUGCAGACAGGAAGUCAGUUAGGCAUGCAAUACAUGACGUCCCUGUCAGUAGUGAACACAGCGUAUCUCAGUUAGGGAAUGGACAAGUAUUGAGCAGUAACAGAUUGGUCAGUACAGGAAUGCCAUCCCACACUGCUGACAAUGUCAGUAAUGGCUGUUCUGGAUGAGAUGGACGUUUACCAAGCUAUGUGUUCAAAGUGAUGUCAAGUUUCAUCCAUAGAUCCAAGUUUCAUCCACAGAAGGUCACUUCAGAAGUCUAAGUGACCUAGAACUGUCGAGUAUAUGCGAAUGAGGAGUGAGUUCUUGAGUCAUCAGAUGUCAUCUUUACAGAAAGAUUCAGCUUCAUUUCCUCGCCACCUUUAUUCAG